AUGUACAACUCAUUGGGAUGGGAAAUUGAUGGACAACAAUGGAUUCGUGUUCCCGUCUAUAUUCCAACCUCGAAUGAAACCAUAGAAACAGAAAAUAUGACUUACGUUAAAAUCGAGAUUAAACCAGCUUACAGGUGGCCAAAUGCACCGAAGAUUCUCGGACAACUCAAUCCAAUCAGUGAACGAACAUAUACCAUACCUGAACGAAACCUGAUCAGUAGCCCAGCUAAUAUGGAAUUGAUUUUCAGUCCAACUCAGGAUAAUCUCCGACUGCCUGCGCUGGGGUUUUCCAGCUUCAGUGUGACUCUCACUCGACUCGCCAGACCUGUUCCGGUUCAACAUUUUCAAACUUUUGACCACAUACACCGCGCAAAAGUACGUAUGCACCUGGAGGUGGAUCGUGGACAGAUCACUGUAUCAGCUCUGCAUCUGGAUGGUGGAAGAAGGCUUAAAAUCAUGAUCGCCAUGUUCUACUACUAUGGCAGUGUGAAUCCUGAAAAUGCGUCUGGCGCGUAUGUCUUUGUGCCCAGAAAAAACACACAGGCGAUUCCACUGAUUCCCCAAAGAAUUUCGGAACGCGUUGGACCAUGUAUGAAAGAAAUUACAGCACACUACAACUCAUGGGCCGAAAUGCGAGUGCGACAGUACAGUGACGAUCGGAUCGAAGUGGAAUGGACUGUGGGACCGAUCCCGGAUGACAAUGGGACUGUGAGUCGUGAGGUGAUCGUGCGAUACAUGAGCCGAGGAACCCCGGGAUUACAGACGGAGACACGGGUGAAAGAGUUGAGCGAAGCGGAUUUGAAAAGUGUCUCACUCUCUAUAGCCCAGGGGGACAAUAUUAUUAUUCAUUGUAGUGAUCGUUCCAACAUUUCUGCGAGAGAUGUGCCCUCUAACCUCAGCGAAUUCUGUCAUGACCAUAUUCUGAAUUAUUUCCAAACUUUUGUACAUCCCCUCAUCACCCCACCCACCGCGACCUCCUCAACCUUGAAAAAUAUGGCUAAUGUCACAGGUGAAUUCUUCACUGACUCAUCCGGACGAGAUUUGAUUCAACGUGUGCGAAAUCAACGGCCUGAUUGGAAUCUACCGGAACUGUUUAACGAUACACAUACAAUUGCCGGGAACUACUAUCCCGUGGUGAAUCGCAUUUUGAUUCGAGAACCAAAAACACGACCAGCCUCGUUAACUAUGGGCGUAUACACGGAUCGACCGCAAGGUGGUUCCAGUCUUCAUACAGGUGAACUGGAACUGAUGGUGCACCGACGUCUGGUGAUGGAUGACAAUUUGGGAGUUGCAGAACCGCUGCUUGAAAAUGGUCUCAUAGUCCGUGGUUUACACUGGUUACGUGUUGACGAGACCGCGGAGUUUGAACGCAUGGAUCGAUUGAAUGCUGAACUGGUCACACGAUCUCCUAUUCCAUUAUUUUCUCUCCCAACUAGCUCUGAGUUAAAGUCUCCCAUUGAUUUGUAUUGGUCCGGUCUGCUUCGGGUGCUACCAGACAAUAUUCAUUUACUCAGCCUUUCACGAUGGCCAUUGUGGCCUGUGGGUAAGACGGCGGGGGAAAAAAUCCUGAUCCGAUUGGAAAACAUAUCUCCACACUCUGUCACAAAUCCACCGAUGGUACAACAGAUUUCUGCCGAGCAGCUGUUCAAACGGAUUCGAAUAACGAAUGCCGUGGAAAUGCUUAUCACUGCAGACGAGACAAAACAAAAGGCUCAGAUGGACAGAUUGGUUUGGCCCGGGGAUCUUGAAAUGGUGAAAUAUAACACUUCAAAUGUGGUGGUCGAUUUCACUCAUCUGAUGGAUUUGCGCGAGAUGACCUUGGAGGAAAUGCCUUAG